AUGGGUUCGGGAUCGGAGGUCCAACUCGGGGACUCCGGUGACCCGACGGCUCCGGUAGACCGAUCCGGAGAGUCGAUGUCUCUCACCCGAGGCGCCGAGGUCUCGAUGCUUCUCCCUCACCACGAACCGGACCCGACGACGUCUUCCCUCCGUGGCGAGGAGCCGUUGAUGUCUCCGCUUCAUGACGAGAUGCCGAGGACGUCUUCCCCCCAUGCAGAGGAGUCAAUGCCGAGGACGUCUUCGCUUCUCGCGGAGGAGCCCAUACCGAAGACGUCUUCGCUUCUCGCGGAGGAGCCCAUGCCGAAGACGUCUUCGCUUCAUGUGGAGGAGCCCGUGUCGAAGACAUCGGGAAUCGUUGAUAUGACGACGACUGAGGAACAGAGCACCNGACCGAUAGCGGUGAAGCCCCGAGGUGUGGAGCCGACGGCAGCCUCGGUGCCCGAGCCGAUAGCGUCACCGGCUUUGUCGGAGAUAUGUCACGAAAAAGUUGUCUCGGCGGUUCGUCAUCGUGCCAAGACUACGACCUCGCGUUAUUGCCUCGGCGGACCUGGUGAGGAUGACAUCGAUGUUUCCGAUGACGAGGAAGCGAAGAGGCUUAGCGGCGAUGAAGACCUGAUGGCCCGAGGUCGAUGA